AUGCGACUUGCAAGAAUCAGAAGAAAUCUUCGACCAUCAUCUCAGACAUUUUUAACAUGCUUUUUCUCAUUCAUCAUUUACACGCCAAUUCUGAUAUGGCUCGGAUAUUAUCUAAAUAUCACCAGCUACUUCCAAUUCCACAGGAUACUUCCUGAGAAAGGUCAAAGCCGUCGCCCGCCGCCACCCGUGGCUUGUCUUUCUCAUGUACAUAUAUCAACAGCCAACGACACUUGCGACUCACUAGCUCUCAAGUACAGCGUCUCGUCUGCAGAGAUCUUCUACAACAAUCCCGACAUCCUCCAAUGCUACGAUAUGGUUGAAGACGUGCCAAUUUGUCUACCGUUUCAAUGCAAUACUUACCAAGUUAAAGAGAACGACACCUGUACCUCUGUUUCUGAAUACUUGGGUAUCACCAUAAAAGACUUCAUUUCUCUCAAUCCCUGGAUUCGUGACGAUUGCAAUGAUUUCCCGUCAGGGACAAUAUACCUCGGUAAAUUCGUUUGCACUACGCCAUCUGACGGCCAUUACAACCGAACUGCCAGCGAGUCUGACUCGACAGACUCCAGCUAUGCUGAUGAGGUUAUUCAACGACCUGAGAACGCCAGUCCGGCUGCGAAUCAAGAAUGCGGGCGUUGGUAUACAGUUGAGAAAGGAGAUGACUGUCUCUCGGUCCUUGACCAGCACGACAUAAGUCUCUCUCUAUUUACAGCUGCCAACCCAUCAAUAUCGCCAAGGAACUGUACUACGAGUCUUAUCCCAGGGCAAGCCUACUGUGUCGGCCCGACCAAAAAAGCUCUACCAGAAUCAUAUCCCCCUCCUGCAUAUUGGCGCCUCGGAUGCUAUUUUAGUGGGAACCAAAUUCAAGAUUUUCAUCGUCCCACCCUUGCUUUAUCAGGUCCUAGGUUAAGACAUAUCAAGCCUUUAUCUAUUUCUUCUUGUCAGGCCUACUGUCUCUCACACUCCCUACCUGUUUUCGGUCUACAAAAUCGCGACACCUGUGUAUGCGACGAUCGUUUGCGAAUGGAUAGCAGGCGUAACGAGAUUUGGGAUUGCGAGUCUCGCUGCGGCUAUGGCGAAGAUUGUGGUCCGGAUCAACGUCCUAUCGAAGUCUUUAGUUCUUACCAACCUCUGACUAUUGAGUACGCCAAUGUCGGAUGUUUCGAGAGUAAGGAGGAAUACGUGUUACUGGGCAAAGACUAUUUGGAAUGGGGAAACAGCACUCUGGAAGAGUGCGCAAACUUCUGUACUGUUGCUCUGGAGACUGACUACUUUGCUCUCCAGACCAAGUACUAUAGUCCGUUAGAACACGAUAACUUCUGCAUUUGUGGCAAUCAAUUGAACCCAAGCAUUAAGAAGCUGAGGAUAGAGAAAUCUGCUGAUGAGAAGGGGGAUGUCUGCAGGGGAAAGGGAGGAACACAUAUUUAUACUACAAACUCUAAGUAUAUAGAAUCUUCUUAA